AUGUCGAGCUCAGAGAUAAACCAGGUGCUCGCAAAUUCGCUUUCGCCUGAUGCGAACCUGCGAAAUGCUGCCGAGCAGCAACUUACCCAAGCCGCUGAGAGCAACUUUCCCCUUUACCUCGCAACCCUCGUACAAGAGUUAGCAAACGACUCUGCCGAUGGCUCCAUCAGAGCUGCUGCCGGUAUCGCCCUCAAGAACGCCUUCACAACCCGAGACUUUGCUCGUCAUCAGGAAUUGCAAGCGAAAUGGCUCCAGCAAACAGAUGACGAGACCAAGAACAGGGUCAAGGAGCUCACGCUCCAGACUCUUAACUCUUCCAACACCCAAGCUGGUACUGCCGCCGCCCAGGUCAUUUCUUCUAUUGCUGCUAUCGAGUUGCCCCGUGGCCAGUGGAACGAUCUGCUACCUUUCCUUGUCAAGAAUGUGAGCGAGGGUGCCGACCACCAGAAGCAAUCUUCUUUGACCACCAUUGGCUACAUCUGCGAGAGCCAAGAUGCUGAACUGCGCGGGGCUUUGGUAACACACUCAAAUGCUAUUCUGACUGCUGUUGUGCAAGGAGCCCGAAAGGAGGAAACAAAUAUCGAGGUUCGCCUCGCUGCCAUCACCGCCCUUGGUGACUCGCUCGAAUUUGUCGGCAACAACUUUAAGCACGAGGGAGAGCGAAACUACAUUAUGCAGGUCGUCUGCGAGGCCACACAAGCCGACGACUCGAGGAUACAACAGGGCGCCUUUGGCUGCCUUAACCGAAUCAUGGCCCUUUACUACGAGAACAUGCGAUUCUAUAUGGAGAAGGCCUUGUUUGGUCUUACCAUUCUUGGCAUGAAGUCCGAUGACGAGGAUGUCGCGAAGCUGGCUGUUGAGUUCUGGAGUACUGUUUGCGAAGAGGAGAUCUCCAUCGAGGAUGACAACGCCCAAGUAGAGAGCUCUGACCAAAUGCGCCCUUUCUACAACUUUGCCCGCGUUGCUGCUAAUGAAGUCGUACCGGUUCUCCUACUUCUCCUCACCAAGCAGGACGAGGAUGCCACCGAUGACGAGUACAACCUGUCCCGCGCUGCUUACCAGUGUCUGCAGCUGUACGCACAGGCCGUUGGUGCUACGAUCAUCACACCCGUUCUUCAGUUUGUUGAGGGUAACCUACGUCACGAGGACUGGCAUAACCGAGAUGCUGCCGUAUCUGCUUUUGGCGCUAUCAUGGAGGGUCCUGACGAGAAGGUCCUGGAUCCUAUCGUCAAGCAGGCCCUGCCUAUCCUCAUUACGAUGAUGGAUGAUCAAUCCUUGCAUGUCAAGGAUUCAACUGCAUAUGCCCUCGGCAGAAUCACCGAGGCAUGCUCCGAGGCCAUUGAUCCUCAGGCACAACUGCCCACCUUGAUCGAGUCGCUCUUUAAGGGUCUUCUCAGCAGCGCCAAGAUGGCACCCUCAUGCUGUUGGGCCCUUAUGAACUUGGCUGAGCGUUUUGCCGGUGAUCUCGGCGCUUCUUCUAACGCUAUCACCCCCCACUUUAACAAUGCCGUCAGUUCCCUGCUGGACGUUACUGCUCGCACAGAAACUGAAACCUCGGUGCGAACCGCUGCUUAUGAGGUUCUCAACGUUUUUGUGCAGAACGCUGCUUCCGAAAGCUUGCAGCCAGUUGCCUCUCUCUCUGAUGUAAUCAUCAAGAGACUUGAAGAGACUGUUCCUCUCCAGAACCAGGUCGUCAGUGUCGAGGACAAGAUCACUCUUGAGGAGAUGCAGAACAGCUUGUGCACUGUUCUCCAGGCUAUCAUCUCUCGCCUUGACAAGGAGAUCAUUCCUCAGGGUGAUCGUAUCAUGCAAAUCCUUCUUCAGAUCCUCAACAGCGUCGGUGGAAAGUCUAGCGUUCCUGAUGCCGUUUUCGCUACCAUCAGCGCUCUUUCCACUGCUAUGGAGGAGGAUUUCGUCAAGUACAUGGAUGCCUUUGCCCCAUUCCUGUACAACGCUCUUGGAAACCAGGACGAGCCCAGUCUCUGCUCCAUGGCUAUUGGUCUGGUCAGCGACAUUACUCGAUCUCUGGGCGAGCGCAGCCAGCCUUACUGCGAUAACUUCAUGAACUACCUCCUCAACAACCUCAGGAGUACCACUCUGGCCAACCAAUUCAAGCCUGCUAUCCUGCAGUGCUUUGGUGACAUUGCUGGUGCCAUCGGUGGCCACUUCGAGACAUAUUUGUCCGUAGUUGCCCAGGUUCUGGAGCAAGCUACAACUGUUACCGCUUCUCCAGAGGGCCCUUACGAGAUGUACGACUAUGUCGUCUCCCUUCGUGAGGGUAUUAUGGAUGCCUGGGGCGGAAUUAUUGGCGCCAUGAAGGUCAGCGAGAAGACACAAGCUCUCCAGCAAUACGUCCCUCUCAUCUUCAACGCUCUCAGCAUUAUCGCUAGUGAUAUGAACCGAAGCGAAUCCUUGAUGCGGGCUUCCAUGGGCGUUAUUGGUGACCUUGCUGAUGCCUUCCCCGAUGGCCAACUGGUUGACGCUUUCCGACAAGACUGGCUCACUGUUAUGAUCAAGGAGACCAAGACCAACCGGGAAUUCCAACCCCGAACCAUCGAGACCGCCCGUUGGGCCCGCGAGCAGGUUAAACGCCAACUGGGUGGCUCUCAGGCCGUUAUGGCCAACUGA